GGCGUCAGGAGUAUGUUCUGGUAACUGAGAAUAUCUUGUGCACUGAUGAUGCUUUCAACAGACAUGAUAAAGUUUCUCAAGAUUAAAAUGUUAUUAACAGUAAGUACGUGGCUUAGAAAGCCAGUGUAAUUUCGAGGAAAGCUUCCAUUUGUUUAUUUUAACACAUUAGCUAUUCCUCACCAACUUAAGGUGGCCCAUAGAAGAAAAGCCACAUUCGCAAUUACUGAUUUCUCCCCCCAUCCUACCUAGCUGCUUUUCCAGAGAAGAGAGGUCAUCAAAAUACCUAAGAUUCUACUUUUGAUGCUAUACGUGAGUAAAUACUGGGAAGGGGACAAGAUUUAUUACUCUGUUAUUGCCUUGAAUGAGAUGCAGAAAAUAUUUUUUUUAUAUAAUCUUGUGCUUCUUUUACAGAUUUAAUAAAUAUUAAAAUAAUUUUUUUAGCUUAACAUUAUUAAUAAUGGUAUUUAACACCGAUUAGUAAGUGUAUAAGUAACAUAUGCGAGUUGAGUAGCUUCGAAUAGUUUCGCCUAUACAGUAGGCAUCUUCAGUCGAAUACAGAGGUGAAGACGGAAGAAGCAGUAGAGGUAGAAAUGAUGUGAUGAGUCCAUCAGUCUUAAAGAAGUAGUUUAGAGGUGGUCUGUCCCUCUCCGUGGAAAUAUUAUUCAUUGUCAUAGUCUUGAACAGUGUAAACAUCUUCUGGCUGAAUGAUCACAUUAUUUUUACCUCUCCACUACUUCUGCUGUCUGUACAUUAGUCACCUUUGCAUUCGACUGAAGUAUUAUUUAUUUAUAACCGAAAUUUUUCAGACGAAAGAUACUUUACUGUUGCACAUGUGUCUUACCUAAAUGCAUAAAUAACACUGGUUUUUGGAUGCCACAAAACUUAAGGGUAAGGUACCUAGAAAAUGGAUUCGACGGAGACGCCCGUAACAGCAGAGGAGGAGCAGUUGGUGCCAAAGUUCACCCCCGUGGACUACACGGUGUUCAGCCUCAUGUUGGUGGCUUCAGUAGGCAUUGGGUUGGUCAGCGCCAUCAGGAGCCGAGGUAAAGCCUCCACGCAAGAGUACCUGCUGGGAGGCAAGACCAUGUCACCGGCACCAGUAGCCUUGUCUCUGCUAGGAGGAUGGAUCUCUGCAAUAUCCAUUUUAGGUAACCCUACCGAGAUAUAUUUCUAUGGUACACAACUCACCACUAUUUUGAUAGGCUGCAUCCCGGGUUGUCUCUUCGUGGCCCAUGUCAUUCUUCCGAUUUUUAUUGGGCACAAUAUCGUUUCCAUCAAUGAGUAUGUGCAUUUGAGGUUCAGGUCGCGCACGCUGAGAAAUCUGUCUACUUUGUGCCUGCUGCUCAGUAACUUCAUUUACAUGGCCAUGUGUCUAUACGCUCCUACAGUAGCACUGACUACAGUCACUGAACUCUCAUCCUGGGCCUCCUCGCUCAUCAUGGGCUCUAUAUGCACUUUCUACAUCACAAUAGGAGGCGUGAAGGCCGUGGUGUACACUGAUGUGCUACAAACACUGAUCAUGUUCGGCGGAGUCCUGUUGGUGGUCAUCAUCUGCUGCGUCGACAUGGGAGGUGUUGCCAACGUCUGGUCCAUCGCUGACCGUGGAGGUCGUAUUCAGUUUUUUAAUUUCAGCACGAGUCCCUUCGAGCGCCACACCUUCUGGUCAACUAUGGUGCUUGGAUUUUAUAUCAUGAUCUAUGCAGUUGGCUUCAACCAAACCACUUACCAGAGGUUUGCCUCUGUCAGGACGCUUCAGAUAUCACAAAGUUUACUGUACGUGUUCCUGGUGGGGCUGUACUUUCUGUGGGUAGUCUUCUACUUCUCUGGACUUGUCGCUUUCGCAAACUAUAGUGACUGUGACCCGCUUGCAUCAGGCAAGAUAGAAAAGCCUGACCAGAUUAUCCCGUUCUUAGUGACCGACAAGUUGAGUCACCUGACAGGCAUGGCCGGCAUCUUCGUUGCUGGUGUGUAUGGAGGUGUUCUCAGUUCACUAUCAUCCUGCGUCAACUCGUUCGCUUGUAUAAUCUGGGAAGACUUCUUGAAGGAUCGCCCUUACUUCCGCCACCUGUGUAACUCUAGCGCCACCAACGUUGUGAAACUUCUUUCAUUAAUAGCUGGUAUAUUAGCUGUGUGCUUGAGUCUGUUGGUGGAUAAGCUGGGAAGCAUCUUCCACGUAUCAAACAGCAUUCUGUCUGCCGUUGGCGGUCCCCUUACUGGUAUCUUUAUUUCAGGAAUGUGCGCACCUUGGGUUAACACAAAGGGCGCCAUCGUGGGGUUCAUCGUGUCCUUCGUUUUUAAUGUCUGGGUAGUUAUUGGUAAGUUUGUGCGAGGCGGUGGAGCACCAACACGCCUUCCUCUCUCCACUGAUGGCUGCCCAGAGAACCUCUUCCUUCUCCUUAACACCACCGCCACCACCAUCGUCAGCAACGUCUCAGUGACUGAUGAUGUGCUGACUACCACCACAGCAGUUGAUGUUCUGCUAGCUGACUCCACACUGACUGUUACUGAUCUACCCAUCUCUACUGUUGCUCAGGGGUCUGCAGAUAAUACUAUCUACGAGGUGUCCUACUGCUAUUCUGGCGUUAUUGGCAUCAUCAUAACAUUUGUAGUCAGCAGCAUCGUCUCUCUCUGUACUGGCGCAGUCAACCCUAAGGAUACAGAAGGUACUGUUAAUCCACUCUGUGGCAGGCUGUACCACUGUGUGUGGUCGUUCUUCAAUAGUCAUCGCACCUACAGUGUAGAAACCAUUAAGGAAGAGGAGUCGUUCAAGAUGUUACCAUCGACAGCCUUAUCACAGCCUAUUAUUAGUCAUUAUAAAGAGCCAAAAAACUCUCUCUCAGUUACCACAUACAACCUCGACACUCCCUCUUAGUAGUCAUAAGUGCAGCCUUCCUCAUGGGUUAUGCUGGGAAUAUGAAGCACAGUAAAUGAUGAACUUGUUCAGAUGAAUAAGAAGGUAUGAAACUUUGCAAUAAUAACAUAUAAAGUCU